AAUAAUGGAGAAAAUAGAAAAAAAAAUAGAUAUGGAGAGAUUCUAACUCCUGAGCUCCACUCCUACUAAUCUCCACUCGAGUUUUCCAUUUCUCCAUCGACCAGUCCAACUCCUCCGUCGCCGACUCCAUCUCACUGUCUACGCGUCUCUCAUUCUCAUUCUCCGUCUCUGAAUCGCCUCGUUACUUUCUCUUUAAUAAUCUCUUUAGCUUCUUUUACCAUAUAAUAUACAACAGGAGAAAAAAGAGUGGCAACAUGACAAUAGAUGAAUGAGUUUAGUGAUUAGGCCGGACUUGUGGUUUUCGAUUAGGUCUGCGAUUAUUACGGAUUGAUCCUCGCAGCGUCUGCCUUCGCCGGUGAGGUUCCUCCAAUUCAGUGAUUGGUGGAUUUUUUUAAAUUUUUGGGUUUUCACCACAGCAUACGGGCCAUUGGACUGCCGAAUCUGGUUCGGGGGUGAGUUCUGUAAUCAAGUGGUUCCAGCCGCUCGGGUCACAGUUGCGGGGAUCGAACCGUGAUACUUCCUACCAAGUCGAGCGUCAAUCACCACCGGAACGACUAACAUUGGGUAAAUGGAGCCUUUAGGAAAUCCAGAUUCCAAAAUAUUUCACUCUUCGUUGGAGAUAUUGUAAAUACUUCCGGUUCCCGUCAAACGCCUGAUUUUGAUUUCCCUCUACUCUACAACAACAUCAACAACCAUUUAAACUUCUGCCACAUCUUCUCUCUCCAAUGCUUCGCCGUCAAGUUCCGUUCAUCAUCUCAAAACCGCCGCACAUCACAAUCAUGUCAACCAUCCGCCAAAAAUCAAGCGGCGGAAGAAGACCGAAGAAAAAAAUAUACAACAGAGUCCCUGAACUUGACAGAGUAAUGGAGCUUCGCAAGAAACCAUCAAUGAUUCUCGAACUCAAAACCCUAAUCCAAUCCCAACCCAAAAACAAUCCUCUCUUCCUCCGUGAUCUCGAGAAGAACGUUGGCUUUGUUCGUAAAUGGGACUUCAUGGGCCUCAUUGAGAAACACCCCACCAUUUUCCGCGUAACCGGAGCUCCACCUUUUGUUAACCUAACUGAUAAGGCCCAACGAGUGGCCCGUGAUGAAGCCCAGGCCCAAAUUUUGAUGGAGCCUAUUUUGGUUAAUAAUCUUAGGAAGAUGCUUAUGCUUUGUGUUGACUGUAGGAUUCCACUUGAAACGGUUGAGUUUGUUGGGCCUGAAUUAGGUUUGCCUUGUGAUUUUAAGGAAAGCUUGAUUGAGAAGUACCCUCAAUUCUUUUCUAUUAGGCGUUUCAAUGGAAGGGAUUGUGUUUAUUUGGAGGAUUGGGAUUCUACUUUGGCUGUUACUGCUAGAGAAGCUAGGUUGGCACAAGAAGGAAUUGUGAACAUGACGCCAAACAACGAUAAGAGAAAGGUGAAGAUUUCAAAAGAUGGCAACUAUGCCGGUCCAUUUGCAUUCAAAGUGAACUUUCCUGCUGGUUUUAGGCCAAAUGUUAAUUUCCUUGAGCAGUUCGAGAGGUGGCAGAAAUUGGAGUUUCCUUCUCCUUAUUUGAAUGCAAGGAGGUUUGAUGCUGCAGAUCCCAAAACUCGAAAACGGACUGUGGCUGUGCUUCACGAGCUCCUCAGCUUGACACUGGAGAGGAGGAUGACAUCUGCACACCUGGACGCAUUUCAUGCAGAGUUUUUUUUGCCGUCGCAAUUGCUUCUUUGCUUAAUAAAGCAUCAUGGGAUAUUUUACCUCACUAAUAAAGGUGUAAGGAGUACGGUUUUCCUCAAGGACGCGUAUGUUGGUUCCAACUUGGUAGAUAAGUGUCCUUUAUUGCAAUUUAAUGAUAAAUUUGUUGCACUCUGUGGUAGAGGAAAUGUUGAUUUGUGUGACAGCAAGAGUUCGUUACAAGCUGUUGUUUAGAAGUUGAAUUUUCGGGAGUCAGUGUCUGCUUCUCUCUGUUUGAAAGGAGGUAAUUUCUUACUUGAGAAAAGCCAUGGAGAAGUACAUUCUCAUGAUGCUUUCACUAAUUUUUUUAUUGGACUGGAUUAUUCUAAUUUUUGCAACUUGCAAGCGUUAAGAUCAAGGUGAUGUAGAAAACUAUGUCAUGUCAAAUUCUGAACCUUGUGGUAUCCUUGCUUCAUUUACUUGACAAUUUGCUCUGCUAAUCCAAUGUGUAUAUUUGACAAGUUAAGGACAUGUAAUCACUUCAAGAGCAGCCAUCAGAGUUUUUGGUGAUGUAAUUUUUAUUUUUCUAAAUGUUUUUCCCGCUCGUUUGAGGAAAUACUUUUACCAUGCGGCCAUCAGUUCUGGUGCAGAAAUUGUUCUUGAAUCUAAUACAUUCAUCCCCGGCCAGCAGUGAGUUUUAAUAAAUUAUUAUUGUGCAAUUUGUGCUGACUUAGUACCUGUAAACCAUACACCAGUCCUUGUCAUCAAUGUAGAAGAGAGCCUUGGUGAAUUUAUAGAUUGAAAUUUGUGUGGAUUAAAUGAUUGAAGUAUCAGGAGAAGCAGUUUAUCAAAUAUUGGCCAUGGUGGUACCAUGGCAGAUUUUUCACAACCGCCAUGGUCAAUUUAAGAAGGAUGGGCGUGCCAUGGUGUUUUUUGGCGGAUGUGGCAUCUUAAAAUGGUUAUUUGAUGGUGAGCCUAGGAUUGGAUGUAAAUCCAUUGUUGGACUCACAUCUAACAUUCUAUAUACAUAUGACUUCUAAGGGAAGUAAGUCAAGUAAUUACUAACUAGUGUUGCCAAAUCUCUAGAUUUUGCCAUGAGACUAGUUUCACUUCAUGUCUAGUGUCUAUCAUUUAAGUUGUGGGUGAGUUAAUAAUUCAUACACAGAAAGACUGGCCUGCUGAACCUCAUUUCUAUUUGCAAGAAUAGUUCCAUGAUCACAGACCUAACAUGACCAAUUGCACUGUCAGAAAGUUCUGUGUCUCCUGAUUUUGUAGCUCAUAGCAGUUUUAAUAUUGGUCCUAUUCUGGUUUCUCUCAAGUCUCAACUGAUAACAGCAACGAAAGCUUUUUCUUCUUAGGUGGGGUUCAAUACCUGGUUUUUUAUUUCCCCCUUGAUUUCAACAAAAAUGUGAACAAAUGGACAUUAUCGAAUGCGGAUCGCGAACUAUGGAGGAAAACGGAAAAUCUGCUAUAAAAUGCCUUGGUAUUGCCAUCCUUCACAAACUGGCUUUGUCUGUUGUAAAAACUUCUGUCACCCCAGUCUGACACUGCGGAUAUUUGACAUACACUGCAUUGUCCUGCUUAUGAUUUUGCGCUCUAUGGCAAUGUAGUCACGAUCAAGUGCUAGCUCGUAGGAUCGUACAUCUUGCAAGAGUUUUGUGGUCAAGAUCACAAUUUUCUGGUGGGAUCGUGGAAAGACACUAAAUUCGGGUGCUUUUUUCUCUUUAACUUCUAUACUGCUAUUAGUUGUGGAUUUUGCUUUCCGGGCCAAAUGUUCUAGAGCAAUAUUGAUAUGCAUUCUCAUUUUACUUUCUCUUUUGUAACAAUCUUUUCAUACAAUUUUUAUAAGCUAAAAUAACUUUAUUUUGCUGGUUAAACGAAAACUACAUAGUAAAUAACAUUGUUGAAUAGUAGUACUGUUUUAAGUUCAUCAACUCAAAUGUUAGAAAAUAAUAUACGAUGAUGACUUAAAAAAACCUUCAUUCUUAUUAAUAUUAUUAUUACUCAGUUGGACAAACCAUUCAACGUGUGAAAGAUGUGUAAUUAUUGUACUAGUAACUAAUAGUAUAUUAUUGAACGUGUAUGAGUCAAACAUAAGAAUCAUAAUGAAGACUAAAAAUUUCAAGAACACAAUCUCUGACUAAGAGGCUUUUCACUCACUCUUAACAAUCGAGCAAAAUUCAAAAGCACUUCUAGUGUGUCUUGGCGUCAAAGUCAACUCAUGAAUAAUCCCACAUCAUAUCAUACUAACUACACACAUUCAACACAGAUUUAGGGUAAUUUUUGCCACAUGUCAAUCACACAAUCAUGCAGAAAAAAUCCUAGCUGGAAAAAAUUCAAAAACUUUGCUUCUUCUGGCCAGCAAUUUGAAUUUCCUUUCCCUCCCUUUCAUCUCAUUGCUUGCUGGGCCAAAAACAACAGUCCAAUCCAUUAAGGCCCAAACAAGCCCGGUCCGGUUUGUUGAAAACCAUAAAAAAUUGAAUAAAAGCAAAAUAGGACAGUGGAAUGGAUGAGCCGUCGUUUUCAUUGUUCUGCGAUGAAGAACUCCUCUUCUUCUUUUGGCUAACAAUUUUGAAACCAUUUUCACAACCAAAAAGUUUCAAUUACUUAUCGAUGCAACAUCUUCUUCUCACUCUGUCAUUGCUAGAGAAAUUUCAUUUAUAACCCUUCCCUCUAUUCAAAUCCUCCUCUAAUUUCAGAAAAAUUUGUGUUGUCUUUACAUGAAGAAAACCCCAAUGUUAAAAAAUUUCCAUUUUAAUGAUUCAUUAUUUGUUGAUUUUGCAGGUUUGGUCAAUAUACAUGCAGAUUGGAUUUCCCUCCAAAGGGAUAAGAUAAGAACAAGAGGUUUGAACUAAAAGGCAACAAGAAUGUAUUGGGGGAGUUUCACAGUGGCUUUAUGAACAAUGGAGAAAGAACUGGUUCUACUAACCGAAAUUAAUUCAAGGUUUUUCAUUUUACUUGAGAAGAGACUUUUGGUUGUGGAAAAAGGCUUUGCUACACCGCUGCCACAAAUAUCAGCUACAACUGCAGAAGUGAGAGAUAAUGGAGUUUGAAUGGUCACAUUUAGGUAGUUUUAUUUACAAGUGAAAUCAUUUGAGUGAGUUGUGUUUUAAAGGUAGUGUACAUCUUCGUGUUAAGUUAUUUUUUUUAUUAUAACAUGGAGGACAAAUUUUGAGGUUUUGAAUCAGGUUAUAGUUUGCCUUUUGUAUAUUUGUAUAUUUAAUUUAAGUUUUACAUGUUAAAUCAAAUUGAGUAUGUACAAUUUAUUCUAUUUUUAUUAUCUUCAUAAGCAUAAUGAUUUAUGUCUACAUUAGGUAAAUAUAUUGUUCCAUAAAGUAUCUAUGUCACAGGUUGAAAAAUGAAACUUUUUUCUAUUUGCCUCUUUCAUCUGUGACUCAAAAUGUUGGACUACAUGAAUGUCUACUGAAAUUAGACGUGCCUAAAAUACAUUGACCAAACUGACUUAUUUUUAAUUUUGUCAACAAAGAGCUUUUUAUCAUGAGUCUACUGACAUGACAAAACUUGCUUAUGAAUUUUAAUUUGGUAUUCAUGAUAUGGAAAAUAUUUAAGUUUCAGUUUACUAUUAAUUUGAAACGGAUAUGUGAUUUAUUGGAUAGAGAAGUUCAAUUUUAAGCCCUGAAUGUAAACAUACGUGUUUACUAUGUGUUGAUAUGUCUUUUCAUAUAAGCUAUUAAUAUCCAAACUGGAGAGAAGGUGGCUGUUAAGGUGGUAUGUGAUGUUAUCAACUCUCAUUUGGCUCCUUCAUGAAUGUAAACAUACGUGCUAUUUUUUGACACCCUCAUUGUCUAAGAUUGCAGGUUUGACUUCAAAGGAUGGUAACUAAAAAGAUGAUGGAGCAAAAUUAACAUGUUUCCUUUGAGCACGCGUAUUAUUGACCAAAUUUGUGUCACUGUUGCAACAAUCUCACAUAUCAGAGCAUCAGCCAAUGGAUGGUUCUUUACUGGCUACACUGAGUGCAUCAAACAAACUUAUCUUGCAGUCAAGCAUCUGUUUGAAUGUAAAGAUGGUCAUGGCACUGAGGAUCCAAAUAUCAGACGGCGACAGGAAAUAUCAGAGGCUGCUGCUGCUCACGAAUCUGAGGAAAAGGUGCUGCCAGAACCAGGCGUGGGUUUGUUGCGAGCAAUCCUCCGGUAUACAAUUGUCUUUCUUGGCCGCAUCUCAUAAGGUCCUUGCUCAGUGAAGUCGGGUCAGAAGCGUUUCUGUUUCUGUUUGUCUGAUAUUAUCUUGUGGCGGGACGCGAGAUCCUAAGAAGACUAUGUAUUAGGAGGUUCUUCUUUUUCUUGCUUUUGCGCUAAUGCCUUGUGAGCAUGUCCUUCUUGCCUGCUUAUUUUUCCUUGCCGAAUUGGAGUUCUAUUAUUGUGAAAGGAGAUGCUUCUAUUGGAUGGAUGGCAGGCCUCUUAGAAAAGAGCAGGUAUGCCAAAAGAGGUUUUGCUUCAGUAGUGAAGUUUGUUGAGGUUUUGAUCUUGAGUUUGGUUUUGUAUCAGUUUUUUAACCUGUUCUAUGCUGUCAGUGGUGUUAAUAAUGAUGAAAGUUUAUUAGUGUUGGUUUGGAAUGGCAUCAGUUGCAGAGCCUAUCAAUCUGAGUUAGUGCUUUUAUUUCUUUUAGUCUUGGUGUUUGUUUCCUGGUAUCUCAGUUUAGAUUUUCCAAAAGAUUGGUGUACUAGAUCAUAGUUGAAUUGGAGGUCGUUGUAAUCAUGGAGUAUUCUUUGUAAUCAGGGUUAUUGUGUUGAGUAGUGAUUUUAGCAUACCUUGUGCCUAAGUCACUCAUUAAUAAAUUUUUGCAUUUUCAAAUAAAAUAUAAUCAAGUAAUUUGCUCCUCUA